GCAAAUUGGGUUGCAGUAUAUCUGCAGAAUAGGUUUGGAUUCGUCGCAAAUCGAACAGACCAUUGUAAGUGACAUUUUGGGAGCAACCAAAUGCGAGGGUCGGCAGCUUCGACGUCUUCCAUGUCGGGGGUGCAGUUGACCAGCAAAUGUAAUAUAUUGAGACCUUAUGGCAGCGCAGCUCAUCUUCGACAAAGGGGCAGGCUGGUAGUAACAGCAGCAGUAAAGAAAAGCACUGUGAAGAACGUAGUAUGUCACAAGACUCUGGUUGCAAAAGAAGAUCAGGUGGACAAGGUGGCAGAGAUGUGCAAAGACAUGCUGGACUUUUCAGAUGGGAAGAAAUCACAGAGGAACAACGGAAUCCAGGAGUUUGUAGUGAGCAGAGAUCAGUUCGAGCCAAACGUGUUUUACGUAUGGGAACGGUACAGCAGCAAUGCUGACCUGGGCCGGCACAACUCCAGCGCAGAGUACAAAGCCUUCAUGGAAAAUAUCCAAGAGCAUCUGGAAGGGCCUAUCGGCAUGGCGCUGUAUGAGUGGAAGGAUGGCAAGAUCGGCAAUGUCUGCGUCCAAGGAGGUCCAAAAGGAGAGGGCGGCCUGGAUGAUGCAACUGGGGCCGGCGGAACAGGAGCUUCCAACAUGAAGCAGACGUCUGCGGUUGUCAAUCUCGGGGAUGUCAACAGAGGAGGGGAAGGAGACUCGUUUGGGAUGGGGUUCAAGUUCCCCUGGCAGAAGGACUGAAGUUGCAUGCAGCAGCUCCAAAAGGUCACAAAACAUUAUUAAGCACUUUGAAAGCGUGUGGAGUGACAAGCUGGGCCUUCGCAGUAUCUGGUUAAAUUUCUGCACGCAUCUGUUCACUCACAUGUACAAGACAGCAACUGACACCCACUUUGAGGGGUCUCAUGCUAUUUUUUGACUUGUAGCUCUAGCCAUCUACUUAAAUUUCUUUUCUUGUAAUACUUCAACUAGCUC